AUGAAACAAGCAAAAAAGUAGCAGCAAACUUAAGUUCAACAGCAUGCACCACUUGCAGAUGCUGAAACCUAAUUGAGUGGCCAAGAUGAUGAAAUGGACAUGGAACCAGCAUACAAUGAAAUAGAUAGGCUAGAGCAGCAUGGAAUUAAUGCUGCAGACAUUGGCAAACUAAAGACUGCUGGACUUUGCACAGUACUUGCUGUUUUGAUGUGCACUAAGAAAGAGAUGCUGAACAUAAAGGGAAUCACAGAUUAAAAGGCUGAGAAGAUUUAUGAGGCAGCAUCAAAAAUAGAGACUAUGGGCUACGUAAGUGGACUCCAAAUCCUUGAGAAGAGAAAAAAGAUCAAGAAGAUCACAACUGGGUCAAGACAAUUUGACAUGCUUUUAUAGGGUGGAGUUGAAAGUCAGGGCAUUACCGAAGCAUUUGGAGAAUUCAGAACUGGGAAAACCUAACUUGCUCAUACACUCUGUGUGACUGCAUAAUUGCCUAAGUCUCAGGGUGGAGGAGAAGGAAAAGUCCUCUACAUUGACACUGAAAAUACUUUUCGCCCAGAGAGAAUCAAGCAAAUUUCUUAAAGAUACUAAGUGGAUCCCCAAGAAGUUCUCAACAACAUUAUGGUUGGAAGAUCUUUCACUGUGGAUAGCUUAAGCACCUUGAUUACUCAGGCUGCUGGGGCAAUGGUUGAAGAGCAAUUCGCUCUUAUGAUCAUUGACUCUAUUAUGGCACCUUUCAGAGUGGAUUACUCAGGAAGAGGUGAGCUUUCAGAGAGACAACAAGUACUUGGGAAAGUUCUGAGCAAGAUUCAAAAGAUCAGCGAACAGUUUAAUAUCGCUGUAUUUAUGUCAAAUUAAGUAAUGGCUGAUCCUGGAGCAGGAAUGACAUAUGCAGCAGACCCUAAGAAACCUAUAGGAGGCAACAUCUUGGCACAUGCUUCUACAACGAGACUCUACCUAAGGAAAGGAAAGGGAGAGCAAAGAGUUUGCAAGAUUUUUGACUCUCCUUCAAUUCCUGAGGGAGAAUGCAUCUUCUAGAUUAGUGAAGGAGGCAUCAUUGACGCUACAGACUGA